GUCUUGAUUUCUCUGAAGGACCCUCCAGUGGACAUGGGAGGGACCCUGGGGCCAGCUCUGCUGCUCACCUCCAUCCUGGGUGCCUGGACGGGGCCAGGCCUGGGGCAGGGCCAGCAGGCUGUGACAAUAGCUGUGGUGUUUGGCAGCUCCGGGCCAUUCCAGGCCCAGGCCCGUGCCCGCCUCACCCCCCAGAGCUUCCUGGACCUGCCCCUGGAGAUCCAGCCCCUCACCGUAGGGGUCAACAACACCAACCCCAGCAGCCUCCUCACCCAGAUCUGUGCGCUCCUGGGUGCCACCCACGUCCAUGGCAUUGUCUUUGAGGACAACGUGGGCACCGAGGCUGUGGCCCAGAUCCUUGACUUCAUCUCGUCCCAGACCCAAGUGCCCAUCCUCAGCAUCAGUGGAGGCUCUGCUGUGGUCCUCACUCCCAAGGAGCCGGGCUCCGCCUUCCUGCAGCUGGGCGUGUCCCUGGAGCAGCAGCUGCAGGUGCUCUUCAAGGUGCUGGAGGAGUACAACUGGAACGCGUUCGCAGUCAUCACCAGUCUGCACCCAGGCCACGCACUCUUCCUCGAGGGCGUGCGCGCCGUCGCCGACGCCGGCCACCUGGGCUGGAGACUGCUGGACGUGCUGACGCUAGAGCUGGGCCCGGGCGGGGCGCGCACGCACACCCAGCGGAUGCUGCGCCAGCUCGACGCCCCGGUGCUGGUGGCCUACUGCUCGCGUGAUGAGGCCGAGGUGCUCUUCGCUGAGGCGGCACGUGCCGGCCUGGUGGGGCCUGGGCACGUGUGGCUGGUACCCAACCUAGCGCUGGGCAGCACCGACGCGCCACCCGCCGCUUUCCCCGUGGGCCUCAUCAGCGUGGUCACCGAGAGCUGGCGCCUCAAUCUGCGCCAAAAGGUGCGCGAUGGCGUGGCUAUCCUGGCUCUGGGUGCCCACAGCUACCAACGCCAGCACGGGGCCCUUCCCGCUGCGGCUGGAGACUGCCGUGGCCACCCCGGGCCCAUCAGCCCUGCCAGGGAGGCCUUCUACAGGCACCUGCUGAAUGUCACCUGGGAGGGCCGAGACUUCUCCUUCAGCCCCGGUGGGUACCUGGUCCAGCCCACCAUGGUUGUGAUCGCUCUCAACCGGCACCGCCUCUGGGAGAUGGUGGGACGCUGGGAACAUGGUGUCCUGCACAUGAAGUACCCGGUGUGGCCUCGCUACAGUGCCUCUCUGCAGCCCGUGGUGGAUAGCCGGCACCUAACGGUGGCCACGCUGGAAGAGCGGCCCUUUGUCAUUGUGGAGAGCCCCGACACCGGCACGGGCGGCUGUGUACCCAACACUGUGCCCUGCCGCAGACAGAGCAACCACACCUUCAGCGGUGAUGCAGCCCCCUACAUCAAGCUCUGCUGUAAGGGUUUCUGCAUCGACAUCCUCAAGAAGCUGUCCAAGGUGGUCCAGUUCUCCUAUGACCUGUACCUGGUGACCAACGGCAAGCAUGGCAAGAGGGUGCGUGGCGUGUGGAACGGCAUGAUCGGGGAGGUGUACUACAGACGGGCGGAUAUGGCCAUGGGUUCCCUCACCAUCAACGAGGAGCGCUCGGAGAUCGUGGAUUUCUCUGUACCCUUCGUGGAGACGGGCAUUAGCGUUAUGGUGGCUCGGAGCAAUGGCACCGUCUCCCCCUCAGCCUUCCUGGAGCCCUACAGCCCAGCUGUGUGGGUGAUGAUGUUUGUCAUGUGCCUGACUGUGGUAGCCAUCACCGUCUUCGUGUUUGAGUAUUUCAGCCCGGUCAGCUACAGCCAGAACCUCACCAGCGGGAAGAAGCCUGGGGGCCCAUCCUUCACCAUCGGCAAGUCUGUGUGGCUGCUGUGGGCGCUGGUCUUCAACAACUCAGUGCCCAUCGAGAACCCCCGAGGGACCACCAGCAAGAUCAUGGUCCUGGUCUGGGCCUUCUUCGCCGUUAUCUUCCUCGCCAGCUACACCGCCAACCUGGCCGCCUUCAUGAUCCAGGAGCAGUAUAUCGAUACUGUGUCUGGUCUCAGUGACAAGAAGUUUCAGCGACCUCAAGAUCAGUACCCGCCCUUCCGCUUUGGCACUGUGCCCAACGGCAGCACGGAGCGGAACAUCCGCAGCAACUACCGUGACAUGCACACCCACAUGGUCAAGUUCAACCAGCGCUCUGUAGAAGAUGCACUCACUAGCCUCAAGAUGGGGAAGCUGGAUGCCUUUAUCUACGAUGCUGCUGUUCUCAACUACAUGGCUGGUAAGGACGAGGGCUGCAAGCUGGUCACCAUCGGGUCCGGCAAGGUCUUCGCCACCACUGGCUACGGCAUCGCCAUGCAGAAAGAUUCCCACUGGAAGCGGCCCAUCGACCUGGCACUCCUGCAGUUCUUGGGGGACGGGGAGACCCAGAAGCUGGAGACAGUGUGGCUCUCGGGGAUCUGCCAGAACGAGAAGAAUGAGGUGAUGAGCAGCAAGCUAGACAUCGACAACAUGGCGGGCGUCUUCUACAUGCUGCUGGUGGCCAUGGGGCUGGCCCUGCUGGUCUUCGCCUGGGAACACCUGGUCUAUUGGAAACUGCGGCACUCAGUACCCCAUACAUCCCGGCUGGAUUUCCUGCUGGCCUUCAGCAGGGGCAUCUAUAGCUGCUUCAGUGGCGUGCAAAGCCUGGCCCGCCCCUCGCAGCCUCCCAGCCCGGACCUCACAGCCAGCUCAGCCCAGGCCAGCGUGCUCAAGAUGCUGCAGGCGGCGCGCGACAUGGUGACCACGGCGGGCGUGAGCAGCUCUCUGGACCGUGCCACGCGCACCAUCGAGAACUGGGCCGGCCGCCGCGCGCCGCCGGAGCCUAGUCCUAAGACCUGGGGGCCGCCCGACGGGGGCAGCGCCGCGCUAGUGCGCCGGGGGCCACAGCCCCCGGGCUGCCCUCCGACAACCGCACCGCCCUUGCCCAACGACCCCCUGGCAACUGGCCGGCCGGCCUGGAACACCAGGUGGCCGGCGCGGACCGGACGUGGCGGGCGGUACCUCUCGGCUUCUGAGCGGCGAGCGCUGCCAGAGCGCCCCCUGUCCCCUGCGCGCUGUCCCUACAGGUCCUUCCCGCGAGCUAACCGGGCAGGACAACCCUUCCUCCCGCUCUUCCCGGAGCCUCCCGAACCGGAGGACCUGCCGCUGCUAGGGCGGGAACAAUUGGCCCGACGGGAAGCCCUGCUGCGCGCCGCCUGGGCCCGCAGUCCCCGACCGCGCCACGCCUCCCUGCCCAGCUCGGUGGCCGCCGCCUUCACUCGGCCCAGCUCUCUGCCUGCCGCGUGCGUAGGGCCUACCUGCGCCUGUAGUGACGCCCGGCUGGCCUGCAGGCGCCUGGCGCAUUCGCUGCGGCUGCCGUCCUACCGAGAGGCCUGCCAGAGGGACGUACUAGCAGGGAUCCCCACGUGGCCUCACGGACAACACGCCUGCCUCCACGCCCAUGCCCAUCUACCGCUUUGCUGGGGCACUGUCUGCUCUCACCUCCCACCCUGUGCCAGUCACAGCUCCUGGCUCCCUGGGGGUUGGGGACCUCAGGGGUACAGGGGCAGGACCCUGGGACUAAGCACAGGCUACAGGGACAGUGGGGGGCUGCACGAAGUCUGCAGGAUGGCCUGUGGAGCACAUGGCCUCCCAGGCCCUUGCACCUGGAGGCGUUUCUCCAGUCUGGAGUCUGAAGUGUGA